AUGGCUUCCGUCCCGAGUGUGCAAUGCUUCGGCAAGAAGAAGACGGCUACCGCUGUCGCCCACUGCAAGCAAGGCAAGGGUCUCAUCAAGGUCAACGGCCAGCCCCUCUCUCUGGUCCAGCCUGAGAUCCUCCGCUUCAAGGUCUACGAGCCUCUCCUCAUCGUCGGUGCCGACAAGUUCGCCGGUGUUGACAUCCGUGUCCGCGUCUCCGGUGGUGGUCACACUUCCCAGGUCUACGCCAUCCGUCAGGCUAUCGCCAAGUCCCUCGUCGCCUACUACCAGAAGUACGUCGAUGAGCACUCCAAGAACCAGCUGAAGCAGGCUCUUGUCCAGUACGACCGCACACUCCUCGUUGCCGACAACCGUCGCACGGAGCCCAAGAAGUUCGGUGGUCGCGGUGCCCGCGCCAGGUACCAGAAGUCCUACCGUUAA